CCCGACACCUCGGACACCGGAGAGUCAGGUAAUCCCAGCUCUCCUUGUGCUUUGGAGUCUCCCAUGCAAGUUAAAAGGUGCCAGCGCUUUAAAGGAUUCCGGUCUUUGCUGCCCAAGUUGAUGUGCAGCAGUCCGAAAGUCGGCCCUCCUGUGAACAGAGAACGUCAUCGAGAGCUGGGAGACCUGAGCAACAAAGAGAAUGUGCCCUCUAGGUGCUUUGCGGCCUCGGCAGCGCUUUGUGACCAGGAGAUGCAGACAUGGGAGCAGGAGGCCAGUGCCAUAGCGCCUGCCAUUCAAGUGACCCAUUGUGACAUGAGUCCCAUCACACUGGAGCCAUCCUCCCACAUGGAGGUCUCUGCAGUCACAGACGGCUUCUCGGAGUUUCUCGGGGGCUACGAGGAUGCGGCAGGUACGAAUGGGAGCAUCUCUUCCAGCAUGGCACUGCUGUUGUCGGACCCGCUGAUGAGCCAGGGGACGGCUUGUGGCUCGGUGCUCAGACCUGCACGUCGAGUAAGGAAGGGUCUCUUCAGGUCUCCCUCCAUGCCUGAAAAGCUCCACCGACCCCUGCUAAAGAGACCGGAGCGGGCAGACGAGCUGGAGACCCCUAUGAGGGUGAAGCGCAGCCGGAGCACCAGCAGCCCCAUUCGAGAAGAGGCAGAUAUUAAGACGCAGGUGAUGCAAGACCCCCUGGCAUCGUGUGGGCACUGGGUGCAGAGAACUCUGAAGAAAACGCUCUCAUGUGACAUGGACAUCCAGAACAUUCUGGAGGAGGACAUGGUGCCCUCUGAACUCAUCGGCGACUUCUCAAAGGUUCGGAUCCUCCCUACGCUGAGCGGGAACCACCAAGACCUGCAGUACAUCGGCGGCGAGACGAUGGUGUCUCUGCUCUGCGGAGAAUUCAACGGCCUCAUCGAGAAAUAUUUCAUCGUGGACUGCCGCUACCCCUACGAGUACGAUGGAGGACACAUCAAGGGGGCACUUAACCUGCACAAGGAAGACGACAUCUGCAGCUUCUUCUUGGCUUCACCGGUGACCGCCAGCUCCGCAGAAAAGCGAAUUGUCCUCGUCUUCCACUGUGAAUUUUCCUCUGAAAGAGCACCCAAGAUGUGCAGGUUUCUAAGGCGUCAGGACCGCAGCGCCAAUGACUACCCGGCUCUCCAUUACCCCGAGCUGUACGUCCUCAAGGGGGGCUAUAAAGAGUUCUUCCGCGAGUACAAGAUGUGGUGCGACCCCCAGGCCUACUGCCCAAUGCAUCACCAGGACCACAAGGAGGAGCUGCUCAAGUUCCGCUCCAGGAGUAAACUGCUGACUGGCGCGCGGCGCAGACGAGAGCAGAUCUGCAAGAUGAUCAAGAUGUGAGCCUGGCGCCUAAAACCCUUCAUGGACCAGAAUGUCUGCUGAAAAUGUGCCAGCUGCGCCCCCCAAUUAGAGACAUUUGCCAAAUGCACCCCCUGCCCACCUCGCCUCUAGCUAGGAGUAAAUAUGGGAGUGCAGCAGUUUGGGUCUGUGCACUUUCAUGGUGGGCUUUAACUUUCUGGUGCCAUCCCUAUGGUGGGUAUGCUGUCUGAAACUGUGGGCACAAUGAGGACGUGCCUUUCAUUCAUUGGUUUGCUUUCAAGUGAUACGGUGGUCUCCUGGGGGUAACGGGAUGGGGGGAUCGUGUGAGACCACCUGAGGGAUGACUUUCUGUGCCUCGCUGUGUCCUUUCAUUUUUUUUUUUUUUUAACAUUUAUGACAUUCCAUGCAUUCCUUCAUUGAACCUGAUGAGUCUGUGAUCUUCGUGUGCCCUCCCUGCACCCACAGUGCCCGUCUCGGUGGAUUGUUGUACGUUUACAGCUGGUGCCCCCUCAAGUCUGACCUGCCAGGUGUUGGUGCCACUCUCUCCGCUGACGUGGCUAUUAAUUGUGCCUAAUUGCCCUGCCGAAUGGUGACGGGGCACCAUUGUACGGGACUGGCAUCCUAUGGCUUCACGUGUGCCACGUCGCUUUGAGCGGACUCAUUGACUCCGAAGGCAGCGCUAAUUCCCAUCGUCUCUGUUGGCACCUGAUGAUUGUCUUUGAGGCUCAAAUUGGUCCUCAGCGGGUCUAAUAGGAGCGGAGCGCCCAGGAACUUCAUCUGCGGUGUGUGUUUGUGUUUACCGCACUCUGCCAAUGCAGCCUGGCAGUGCCAGGUGUUUGUGGCGCGUGCAGAAGUGUGCUGUCCAUGGUGAGAGGCAGAUGAUGUGGGGCUAUAUGGCAUGACUGGGAGACUGGCUGCUCGGCAAAGGUGGGCAUUGAGCCACCCACCCUUGCUUAUUUCGGCGGGGGUCACUAGACUGCUGUCCACCCAUGGCGCGUCUCUGCGACUUCAACUACAUCGGUGGCAGGUGGCAUGCUGCUGCUGUCCCUUUUCUUCCUCUCAAGGUUGGUGGCCAUCGUCUGCCCUCCCAGCUCGACGCGCCUGCUUGGCUCCCGGCCCACCCUGGAGGUCUCCGCUGACUUCUGUACCCCCUUUAAUUCCUUACUGUAGUGCUGGCACAUUGAGAGAACGGCUCUGAGGUUUUAACAACGUGUACCUCACCUGCGGAGGAGAUGAUGCCCGCUGUGUGGCACAUGUUGAAUGAUGACUUCUUGUAUUAACUGAUGGCUUCAUUUUCUAUUAAAGAUGAAAUGCAACCUU